UAAAUUUGAGAAGGUGAAUACAUCACCCGAACCAACGCCUCAAAUAGAUAUACCCAAGAAACCUGAUAUCGUCAAGCCUGAUCCCAUCGAAGUAAAGAGGAUGCAAAAACAGGGUGAAAUGGAACGAAUUGCAAAGAAUAUUUUUAGAUCAGAAUUGAGUAAAUUAGUGUAA